UCAGGUGCUCCGCCCUUUGCUUGCAGUGCCGGUCCUGGCUCAGUCCGCUGGCCCGGAAGAGGAGGGACCGGGCACCGCACCCAUCACCCUCGUGGCCGGCGGUCCGUGACGCACCAUGGGGUCUUUUGCGUCCAAGGCUGCCCUCAGGGCUACCACCGACGAGCCCACAGAACCCGAGCCGAAACACCUGGCAGACCUAAUACAAUACGUAAAUGAAACAAAUAUGAGUGUUGAACAUCUGGCUGAUGUUCUUUCUGAGAAGGCCAGGAGCAGCAGCUGGGUGGUAGUGUUUAAAGCCCUGGUCACUGUGCAUCACCUCAUGGUUCAUGGAAAUGAGCGUUUUAUCCAGCAUCUUGCAUCUAGAAGCUCUUUGUUCACUUUGCACAACUUCCUGGAUAAAAGCGCGCUAGAAGGCUAUGCUAUGUCAACCUUCAUCAGGCGAUAUAGCAGGUACUUGAAUGAGAAGUCACUCGCAUGUAGACUGAUCACAUCUGACAUCACCAAAGCCAGGAGAGGGAUGGAUGGUAUGAUGAGAACUAUGGAUACAAAACAGCUGCUAAACACUCUUCCAGUUAUUCAAAUUCAGUUUGACGCUCUUCUUAAUUUUAAUGCAAAUCCUGACCAGUUAACGAAUGGUAUAAUCCAUGCUGCUUUCAUGCUUCUCUUUAAGGAUUCUCUUCGCCUCUUUGCAGCCUAUAAUGAGGGGAUCCUUAAUCUGCUAGACAAGUAUUUUGAUAUGAGGAAAAGCCAGUGCAAGGAAAGCUUGGAUAUUUGCACCAAGUUCCUUGCAAGAACAACCAGGUUGGCAGAGUUCCUGAAAGUAGCAGAGGAAGUCGGAGUUGACCAGAAAGACAUUCCAUAUCUUACACAGGCACCCUACAGUUUACUUGAAGCCCUAAAACAGCAUUUAGCUUCUUUGGAAGAGAAAAAUGACAGUUUUCCUCCUUACAGUCUUCAGCGCGCAUUGAUUCCCCCCAUCCCAAAUAAUCCAGUUGUGAAAACUUCAACAAGCAGAGCUUGGUUCUCAGUCCGCAAACGUGUUGGAGCCAAACAGCAAGGUGGAAAAACCAUUGCAAACAAUCUGGAUGGCUUGCCUGCUAGCCUUGCAGGAAAUCUUAACUUCGGAGAAAGUCCAGUCAACAAGCUGUAAAACCACCAGUUGGAACUUCUCGGCAUCUUAAGAUAAUCAGUGUUACUUCAGUGAGUGAAUCCCUACAUUUUCAGCCAAAAAAACUUCCAAAAGCAGGCAAAUGGAAACCAAAGGAAGGCAGAAGUGAUAAUAUUAACAACAAAUACUGUGGGAUAUCUGACAUGAAGUGGCCUCAGACUUCAGACAAGGAAAUUACUGGUGGAAUGAAGUGGCAGCUGAAUACCUACACGUGCACAUCAACCAUCUGGAACCAUGUUUCCAUUCCUCUGGUUCAAACUCCAGUGGGAGCUCCUUACCGAAUGGUACCUCAACCCACUAGUUAUACGCAACCAGGCUCAGAGACCAGCAAGUAACCCUUCUACUCCAUCCACAAGAAAUAAUACACAAUCCAUGUAGAAGUAUCAAAGCACAAAGAUUCAUAUUCAGAGGUGAAAAAAAAGGUGAUGAUCUCUCUAAAGCCUGAACUGAACCAUCCACAUCUGCCAAGUAAAGUAAACAUUCAUUUGAACCAUCAGUACUUUUGAGACU